GAAGUUCGCCAAGGAGUGUAAGGAUAAGAAGUUGAGGGCUUUUUCGACAUACCGUAGCUUAAAGGAAGUAUUAGAAAAAUAUGACCUCGCUUCUGAGGGCACAGAGAUUAUACCUCUUUUCACACCACGAAUCCAUGAAAUCCCAGACGAAAAUAAGCAUCUCGAACUGUGUAUGGCAGAUAUCAAGUUACGACUUAAAAGCUAUGGGACAUUGGUAAUAACAAGUUUGGAGUCCAUGCGCAAUGAGUACGUUUCAACUAUACUACAUACCGCCCUUCGUAUCGCAGAAGAUAUCACGAAAAAGAAAUUUAGUAUGAGGCCUGAGUACGAAAUAAUUGGAGAUGAAAGUAGCGGGCGGGUCGAUUAUGCAAUCAAGGAAUCCGAAGAGCUUAUUUGCAUCACAGAGGAUAAGGUCCAGCAAAAAUUAACAGAAGGCUUUGCUCAGAAUAUCAAGCAACUCGAAAGUUCGUUUCAAACGAACAAGAGAAAACGAAAGCGUGAUGAGGACUAUUUUGACUAUCUGUACGGGGUUGUGACGUCUGCUAGGGAUUGGCAUUUUCUCCUCUAUUCUCCAGGUGAAAUAUUACAGGCGAGUAAGGCCCCCUUUAGCAUCGAAUUUGUCGAAGAGGCUCUGGUUGAGAACUCCGAAGAAUAUAAAACAUUGCGUAAGGGUGUUAAGAAGGUUUUGGGCAUAAUCAUUGGCUUGUUGGAAGAUAGGGCAUGUGUGGAGGAUAAAUCGGAUAGAAAGAGAGCUAGGAUAGAGGGGUAUCGCUUGAAAAAAUAAUCAUACAUAUUAGCCUAGAUGUUAUGUAUCAUGGGCAAAGUCCCGAACAUUUGUAUUUAUUUUAGCAUGUAUUAAUAAAAAAUUUUCUUGGCAAAU